AUGGAGGGAGCCAACAGCUCCUUGGAGGGCUUCAUUCUGAUGGGCGUAUCUGACCAUCCCCAGCUGGAGAUGUUCUUUUUCGCAGUCAUCCUCUUCUUGUACUUGCUGGCCCUCCUUAGGAACUCAACCAUCAUUCUGCUUUCCCACCUGGAUGCCCGGCUCCACACGCCCAUGUAUUUCUUCCUCAGCAACCGCUCUUCCCUGGACCAUGCCUUCACCACAAGCUCAGUCCCCCAAAUGCUGAUCAAUUUAUGGGGACCAGACAAGACCGUCAGCUAUGGUGGCUGUGUGACUCAACUCUAUGUUUUUCUUUGGCUAGGGGCUACUGAGGGCAUCCCUGUGGUCAUGGCCUUUGACUGCUACAUGGAAGUUUGCCGGCCCCUGCACUACACCACCAUCAUGAAUCCUUGGCUCUGCUGGCUGUUGGCUGCUACUGCCUGGCUGGGUGGCUUGGACAACUCUGUGAUCCAGUCAGCGUUCACUCUGCAGCUCCCACUGUGUGGGCACCACAGAGUGGACAGCUUCCUGUGCGAGGUGCCCGCCAUGAUCAGACUGGCCUGUGGAGACACAAGUGUCAUUGAGGCUGUGCUCAACGGUGUGUGCCCUUUCUUCACUCUAGUCCCUCUGAGCAUCAUUCUGGUCUCCUACUGCUGCAUCACUCAGGCGGUGCUGAAGAUCCGCUCAGCAGAGGGAUGGAGAAAGGCCUUGAACACGUGCCUCUCCCACCUGGUGGUGGUGUUCCUCUUCUAUGGCUCAGCUACCUAUGCGUAUCUGCUUCGAGCUAAGAGCAGCAACCAGGGUGAGGGCAAAUUCAUGUCCCUCUUCUACUCUGUGGUCACGCCCAUGGUGAAUCCUCUCAUCUACACUCUAAGGAACAAGGAAGUGAAGGGGGCACUGACAAGGCAGCUGGGGAAGGGAAGAGAAACCAGUUGAGAGAGGAGAAAACUCCCUCCUUAUUUAUUGCCUCUUCAUCUCUGUGCACUUUUUCCUCGUUAUUUCUCUGGCCAGGUGAACAUGAGGAAUAUCAACCCAAGUAGAACCAACAUGUUCCCGACAACC